AUGAAGAGACAAGCUGGCGCUGCCGUCACUGCGACGAGCGAACCAACUUCUCGGUCUGCAGCCACUCCCCAGUCUCUGGCAAAGCCAACAAGCUCUCCGUCUACAGCAACCUCUCAACAGCCGAAGAAGCAAGCGAAGAGCAGCGGUGACACGUCACAAGCUUCAAGCCAAAGAUCCGUGGAGCAAGCCUCUUCGCAGCUUCAAACUGUUGGAAGCAGCCAUUCGACAGCCUCUUCUGAGCAAGCAACCCCGCCAACUGAGCAACCUUCUCAUUCAACCAGGCUUCCUCUAGUACCGGACAAUCCGCACCUAGACCGCUACGCUGGCAAAUAUAUCUUUACCGUCGAGGUUGCUGUGUCCGGCUACAUUCUCUGGGGAAGGGUUGAUCUGGGGCCCCUGAAGGGCAUAUUCUUCUUGGAUGAACGCCCUGAGCCUCACGCUGAUGGGAGCACCGACGGCAUCCUCAUCAAAUGGUGCGGCUACGCAGUUGAAACCUCGGAAUUUAUUGGUGACUACAUGAAUGGCGGUUGGAUCAUGUUUUAUGGCGAUGGAAAAAUUGAAGCGUUCAUUGACUUCGAUGAUCUUGGUUUUGCGGGCAACCGUGGUUCAGACGGUAAAGCGCCGGGUGCAGUUGAGAAGGAGACCUUGUAUAAAGAAUGGGGUGACUACCAGAGGAAUGCUAGAUUAACGUCAAAAAAGCGCUGGCGAGAUCAGUGGCCUUGGCUGAUCGCUUCUAUGCAUCUCCAUAGGUUCACGGAGAUCGUGAGCUCUCCAAUUCACCUCCCCAUGUCGAACUUCCGUGGUUCAUGCUCUCAAUGCGUUCAUAGCGAGUACCGAGUAUGGAUGUUCUGA